AUGGACGUAAACGCACCAUCCGAUCAGGAUUCCGCUUCCGGUGGAUCCGCCGCCAGCAAGAAGGGUGCUAGUCCGUUCGACAAUCUCAGCCGGGACGAUCUGGUCAAAAAAUGUCGCGGUUUGCUGGGAAUCGCCCAGAAGGCCAAACAGGCGAAGGAUGAAUGCCUGGAAGAGAACCGAAAGCUGAAGGAGCAGCUUUCACUGGCGGAGACGCAAAAGACAGCCGACAAAGACUGUCUGAAAGCCAUGCAGGAGAUGGUGAGUUCACUGACCGAACAGAAGCUGAAUGCGGCCAUGAAGGUGGAUGGGCUGGAGAAAGCAGUGGCCGGAUUGAGACGGGAGGUGGAUGGUGCUGCCCUGCUGAGGGACCAACUGGACAAGCUGUCGGUGGAGAACGAAGCCUUUCAGCGACAGAUCAAACGGCUGACCGACGAGAAUGAGGAACUGUUGGGGGAUUUGUCCUCGAUGGAAGCGAAGUUGAAGGAAGUGGCAGAAGAGAAGGAGACGGUGAAGGCGAGCAAAGUGACACUGGAGCAGGAACUGCUGAAGGCUAAGAAUGAAGCGGCUUUGUUCGGGAAAGAAGAGAAACUUAUACGUAAACUUAAGCUAUACAAGAACAAGGUACAGGAAAUAUCUGCAAAGGUUCUGCUCCUUAAAUCGGACAGGAAAAUUCUGAUGAAAACAGUGAAGGAUUACUCGGAACAGGUUCCCAAGUGGCAGAAGGAGUUACUGAAGGCUUCAGAUGUGCUGUUCACCAGAAUCCAAGCGCUGGAAAGGGAAAAUGCCUGUUUGAAGAAGGCAAACGCAGAAAGUUUGAAUCAAAAGGACGCGCAGGGUUCAGAACAAAUAAUGGCUUUUGAGGAACAGUUGAAGCAAGUUACUACCGAAAAAGAGGCACUAGAAGACAGCAUACUUGGUAAGCAAAAAGUGAUAGAUGACAUGGAGUCCAAAAAUAGCAGCUUGAACUGUGUGGUUGCGCAAAUGGAGGAAAAGCUUCGAUUGGAACAAACAGAAAAUCAGAAGCUUUCAGAGCAAUUGGUUCGACUGAGUGAAGAAUCUACACAAAACCAAGCGGAGCUGCGAAGCCAACUCGACGAAGUUCAAGCGAGAUUAACCAAACAAGCGGAAGAACUGGAAGCUAAAAGUAGUCAGCUAGUGGACUAUGAGCGUAAGUUGGAGCGAGAAGAAGAGGAGAAUGAGAAGUCCCUAACAGAAGCUCAUCAAGCUCUUUCAAAGAAGCUAGAACAGCUGAAAGCAUCGAACGACGAAAAUUCGACCACAAUUUCAGAACUUGAAGCUGUAAAAGAAUCCCUCGAAGCAAGAAACACCGAUCUGCAAGAACGAUUGCAAGAAGCUGAAACGACUAGCAAACACCUCACGGAGAUGAUUGAGCAGUUCAAGAUAGACGCAGCACAAGUGGAAUCAGAGCAUCAGGCACGACUCGCGGAUCUGCAAGAACUUUCAGCAAAACAAUGCGUUGAUUUAGAGGAUAAGGUCAGAAAGGACAUUGAAGGUGGUAGAAACCAGGAGGAGCUGCAGAGGUCCCUUGAGGAAGCCAAGCGAGGUGUUUCGACGAAAGAGGAGGAACUUCAACAUGUGCAGAAGAAACUCCAAGAGUAUACCUCUGCUCUAGAAGCUCUUCAAGGGCGUUACGACACCUUAACUGUUCAAAAUCAACAGCUACAAGCAUCAUGCGAAGUGCUUGUAGAUCAAAAAACUGCCGGCCAAACAGAACUUCGGGCUCUUAACGUUGCUUUGAAAGCAGAGAACGAAAAUCUUCAAACGCGUCUGCUGGAAGCUGAGGAAACCACCAGAACUUUGGCGGCAGAAAUAGAAGUUCUUAAAACGAGCGUAUCAGAGGCUUGGGAUCAAGUGGAAGCAAAAGAUGUCCAGUUGUCACAGUUUGAGCAAAAACUGCGCCAAGAGGCAGAAGAAAACGAGAAAGGGCGUAACGCAAUUGUUGAUAAGGAAAAUACCCUUACACAAGUCCAGCAGAAGUUGCAGGAGUCUUCGAACGCACUAAAGACCCUUCAAGAACGUUACGACGCCUUGACUGUCCAGAAUCAAGAGUUGCAGUCAUCCCAUGAUGAAAUUGUCAAUGCAAAAGCUACUGACCAGUCGGAACUUCAGGAAAUGGCUAAUUCUUUAAAAUCAGAAAAUGGAGAACUCCUGAAACGUCUUUCGGAGGGUGAGGAGACAGCCAGAUUGAUGGCGGAAGAAAUCGAGCGUCUUCAGAAUAGAAGAUCAGAGGCUUAUGAGCAAGUGGAUGCAAAAGAUGCUCAGUUGUCUCAAUUUGAGCAGAAACUACGCCAAAAAGCGGACGAAAACGAGAAAGGGCGAAACUUAAUCACUGAAAAAGAAAACACCUUCCAGCAACUGCAGCAAAAGCUACAGGAAACGGUCUCUACAUUGGAAAGCAUCCAAGGAAAACACGACCUUCUUGCCGCUGCAAAUCAACAAUUGCAAACUGUAAAUGAAAAGUUAUCCGAUGAAAACGCCACCUUUAAAACGGACCUCGGAACCGUACAGUCCAAACUGGAGCUGGUCAAGCUGGAAAACAGCGAUCUACUGUCGGAACUCAAAGAAAUCAACGAGAUCCUGAAGGAGCGUGGCGGAGUCAUUUCGCUACAGCUGUCGAAAAUCUCCGAACUGGAAUCCCAGAAAACCACCCUGCAGCAAAAACUAACCGAACUCUCCUCUCCGGAUGUCAAUGAACUCAAGCAACGAUCCCAAGAUCUGGAACGGCAGCUCGCCGACAAAGAAACCGAACUGAUCGCCCUUCGGGAACGGGAUCGCAGCUUCGACGCUCAAAGUGACGUUAUGUCCACCUCGACGAUAUCUCGAGCCGAGGAAUCGGCCCGAAUGCGCGAUGUCGACGACAGCUUUGAAGAGAAGUACAACAAGCUACGAUCGCUGGCAGUGAAACUGAAGAAAAAAGUCGCCGAACAGACUCUCCAGCUGCAGAAGUUCGAGAAAGAGCGGGAGACGUUAACGACCGGGAAGAAUUUGCAAUCCCUCCAGGCGGAGUACGAUCGUUUGCUGGAUCAAAUGGAGGUAGAACGACAAGGCAUUCAACAGCGGGAAACCGAACUGAAAGACCUCAAGGAGCAACUGGAAAAGCAACAACAGGAGAUUGAAACGCUCAACCAGGUGCGUACCGAGCUGGACAGUAGCAGCCGGAAAGAUAAGUCAUCGCUGGAGACGACGAUCAGGGAGUAUCGAGAGCAGUUGCAGAACUUGAAACGCGAGAAAGAGGCAUUCAAUUUGGCGAAGAAAGAAAUCGAUUCAGAGAAUCAAAAGCUGAAAGCAACGCUGAAAGCCAAGGAGAAACAGCUGAGUGAAGAAUUAGAGGCACAGAAAGAGCUGAAGGCGGAAGUCGAGAAGUGUCGCCUUGCGGCCAAGAAGGCUAAUGUGCUGAACUUGGAGAUGGAAGCGUACGAAAAAUCACUGGCCGAGCUAAACAAGAAGCUGGAAAUGAAGAAGGUACACGAAAAGGAGUUGGAAGGAACUAUCGAGGUUCAGGAAGGUACUAUCAAGAGUUUGAAGAGUCAGCUCACACUGUUGGAGCAGAGUAUGAAUGCGGAGAGAAGUCAUUCGCAAGAGUUGAAGAAGAACGUGGAUCUGCAACAGGAGAAAUUGAGGGUCAGCGAACAUCAGCGAGGAGAGAUCAAUGUGGAAUUGGCCCAAUUGAAGGUGGAAUACGAACGGAUCAAGCUGGAGAUUGAGUCGAAUCGAGUGGAGCUAAGCGAAGCAGUCACAGAGAAAGAGAAGGUAAACAGCUCGAUGGAAGCGGAGAAGAGCAAGUUGCUGAAACAAGUAUACAGUUUGGAGUGUGAUGCUGAAGAGCUGAGGACAAAGCUGAAGGAAAAAUCACAGGAGGUAGAAGAUGUUCGGACGGAAUUUGCCAGCUACAAGAUUCGAGCACAGUCGGUUCUGAGACAAAACCAGAACAAAGAGGGCGGGAAAGAACGGGAACUCCAAGAAGAAGUUCAAACCCUGCAGAAGUCGCUUGAUUUGUCUCAACAAAAGCUACAAACUUUCACGCAGCAGAUCACUGAAUUGGGCAAGUCUUGCGACGAGCUACGAGAAGACAAAGCACGACUUCAGAGCCGAUGCAAAGAGCUUCACGACCUCCUCGAGGAAUCUCGACUGCAAAAUGAGUCGCUCAUGGAGGAAAGCCGUCGUUCGAACCUCAACCAUCAGGAAGCCCUCAAAACUCAACGCCUUCAGAACGAAACUCUUGUCAGCUGCUACAAAAAGCAGAUCGAAGAACUCCAGGAGCAACAUUCCAAGGAAGUCGAAACCCUUCAGGUCCGAAUUACCCAAGCCACUGCACGUCAUUCCGCGGAUCCUCCAAACGACCUCCGUAACAACAACCAUUCCAUUGCGUCCACCAGCGCUGCUGGAUUCGGCUUCUUCCGUGGCCAGCACAUAUCCGACGAGCAGAAGAUCAAUCUCCUGCUGAUGGAACGCGAGGAAGGUGAAGGCUCCGAAAGCACCUCUUCGAACCAAAACCCAUCCUUACCGCGGCGGAAGUCCUCCAACUCUAGUCAACAGAACCAACGCACUCGCUCCGCUCGGGACUUGAUUCCUCUGGACGAACUCCUGAACUCGUCCUUCGAUGAUCCGUCCGUCUUCGAAGCGGACCCCGGCGAUCUUCGCCCGUCGACGUCCCCCACGGUGGAACUGCAGCACACCAAAGACAAGCUGACCAAACAGGAGAGCCGCGUUCGGCACCUGACGGCACUGCUGGCCGAGGCCGAGCAGGACCUGGCCAAGCUGACGCAACUCAACGAGCUUCUGAAGGAGGAGGUUCGACGCCACGAGCGGGCCAUCGAACGGGAGAAACAUGUACAUAAUUCCGAGUAUCUGAAGAAUGUGAUAUUUAAAUUCUUAACCCUCAACAGUGGUGACGAGAAGUCACACCUAGUUCCUGUGUUGAACACCAUUCUUAGGCUAAGUCCGGAGGAGACGCAAAAGUUAAACAAUGUGGCACGAGGCACGGACGGUGGUGGACGCGGCUGGACCGGCAUCCUUUGGAACUAGUACCGACUAGCGAGGUAAGUCUGGAAUUAAACAGACAUUUGACGUUAUUCCGUUCACAUUUCUUAGGAGUAUAUUUUAAUUGUUGGUACUUUCGUGGAAUAGUUAGUGGUGCAUUAUUUUACCUUGACGCACUGUCAUUUGUUCGAUUAUUUCAUGAGGUCGAAUAGUGCUAUACGGAUCACACAACCGUGGAAGUUGCAAAGAAGACUUUUAGAAUAGGGAAUGUUAAGAAAUAAUAUAUAAAGUUAUUUGAUGAUUUUA